AUAAUUAAUUGAGUACAAGACAGAACCCAAUUUUUUAGAAAGCAACAUACAUCUACCAUUCCUGUCUGGUUUUGAAUGGUAGUUUCUAAGGCCCGAUCUGCAAGCAUAUUUCCUCUAUAUAAGUCUAUCCCUUCUCAGAGUACCAAGAGGCUGAGAAGAAGAGUCAUAGAUUGCUUAGUACAAUGACAAGCCAAAUACAAGAAGAUGCACACUUGGAAGAAGAAGAACCCCAUUAUAUGGGAGAAGAAGAAGAAUCACCACGUUUGGGAAAAGAAGAACAGACGCAGACGAAAAGGGUGAAAAUUUUGGUUGCAGUAGAUGAAAGCCAAGAGAGCAUACGGGCCUGUGAAUGGGCUUGUAAGAAUCUUUUGGCUUCACACACAAAUAUUCGUCAAUCUUAUAAAUUCAUCCUCCUCCAUGUUCGACCCCCUGUUUGUGCCUCAUCUGGUCCUGCCUACAUUUUGAGUAGCCAAGUGCUUCAUCUUAUGGAAAGUGCUGAAGCGAAGACUACCCAGAAGGUAUUGAAGCGAGCUUUGGAUGUCUGCAACCGUUACGAUGUGAAGGCAGAAACCCGUGUUGUAAAUGGGAACCCACAAGAGAGGAUCUGUGAAGCUGCUAAGAAAUUGGGGGCACAUUUUAUAGUAGUGGGUACCCAUGGCCAUGGUCCUUUCAUGAGGGUAUUUGGUAGGAUUUGGAUACUGUCAGCUCCAAUUUGCUGUGACAUGCUCUCGGAUCGACCUGUUUCAUCUUGAUGAUGGAUCAAAAGCGGGAUUAAAAAAACCUUUUGCUUGUUCAUCCUGAAAUUUUUUAUCUUUAAUUGACUUACUCAUUUCAAAACAUAUGUAAAAUUUUAUAGUUGAAUUGACUGGUGAUUGAUUCAUCACAUUUUGCAGAGCGAUUAAGGGAUCUGUGAGUGACUACUGCUCUCGGAAUGCUACUUGUCCUGUUAUAGUUGUCAACAAAAAUGCCUUACAAUAAUAGAUACAAGAGUAUGUUUUGAUGAGGACUACAAUAGAUACAAGAGUAUGUUUUGAUGAGGACAACAAUAGAUACAAGAGUAUGUUUUGAUGAGGACAACAAUAGAUACAAGAGUAUGUUCUGAUGAGAAUAACAAUAGAUACAAGAGUAUGUUCUGAUGAGAAUAACAAUAGAUACAAGAGUGUGUUCUGAUGAGGUUAUAUGUAAUAUGUACUGUCUAGACAUAUCGAGAUUGAGGUUGAAGAGAAAAAAAAAACCAUGAUUAGGCUUUUCAAGCAGAUGACAUAGAAAGGACACACUAGUACAGUUUUCCAUAGCUUUUCCUUCGGCAUUAUGUAAACAAUACUACAAAUUCUGUACAUAGUUAUAGGAGCUUAAGGAAUUGUUUUUUUCCUGUUUUAAUUGUUGGGUAUGCACCAGAUUGAAUGUACAAGCUAUGAUAUACAUCAAAAGCCUGCUUAUAUAGUUUGAUUA